AUGUUCUGGCUCACAAGCCCUUCAAUUCAUUGUUUUAGAUUAUCAGACAAUCUUAAAUUGAUAGUGCUCAGGAUGUUGCCAGUUGUACUUAACAAGGACAGCACCAUUAGUGUUGCCCAAUUUGAGAAGAAGAUUAUCUUGAUGACAGUAUCUUCGCGUAUGACAACUGUGCUAGUGAACAAACUGUCAAUUAUAAUUGGGCUGAAGUGUCUCGGAGACACUUUCGGUUUGGGUUGCCGCUAUUUCUUCCGGUUCAUUGCUCCUGGAAGACGAUGGUUUUGUGACCAUACGCGUGGUAGCUUUAUAUAG